UUAUAAAUAAACCUUGGAAGAUUGACAUGGCUCCAUAUCAAGAUGUGGUCCGCUUUAGUGGUGUUGUCGCUGGUUGGGUGUGCGGUGGCUGGUCCUCCUGUCACCAGGUCCAGGAAGGACAUUGAAGGGUUCAGGGCUUACUUGGAGAGGAGCAGGACAGAUGAUGGACUGCGCCUAGACUCACGUAUGCUGAUCAGCCCUAAAGCGUCCGCGUGGGAGAACAGUGGCAAGUUCCAGGGCGACAUACUCCUCAAUGAUGAGCAGGCUGAGCUCCUGAUGCAGGAGUAUGCUGGAGUAGGAGGCAGGAACGCGUACAUCUGGCCCAACACCAGGUGGCCAUCUAACACCAUCGUCUAUGACUUUAACAAUGAGUUCACAACCGCCCAAAUAAACGCGAUCUACGCAGCGAUGAGGGAGAUCACGGCAAGGACUUGCAUCAGGUUCCGUCGCAGAACGGCUUCUGACCGUAACUACGUUUUAGUCACUGGAAGGUCUGACGGCUGCUACGCCAACGUGGGCUACUGGGCGAGCAUGGGCGUCCACACCCUGAACUUGGCUCGUGCCAACCCCGGCCAGGGCUGCUUCACCCAUACUAUCAUUAUCCACGAAUGGAUCCAUGUCAUCGGGUUCAUGCACAUGCAUUCUACCCAUAACAGAGACACCUACGUUCGUCUGCUGUGGCAAAAUAUGAUACCAGGUAUGGAGUACGCAUUUGAGAGGUACGGAACCAAUGUCGUGCACAACAUGGGUCUGCCUUACGAGUAUGCCAGCAACAUGCACUACGAUAGAUUCGGGUUCAGUCGCAACGGACAACCGACUAUGCUGCCUAUCUUCAACGACAACAAUCAAAUGGGCCAACUGCAGUUCGUGACCGGCUGGGACUGGCUGAGGGUCAACAGGCAUUACAACUGUCCCGGAGCCUGGAGCACUCCCAUCAAUGCUGAGGAACUCUCCAAGGGAACCUAUCUGCAUGAGUACAAGGGUAAAGAGGACGCUGCACUCGAGGAUCUGCCUCAAGGAGAUGUAGUUGAAGAUUUGCCGCAAGAAGAAGUACUGGCUGCUGAUAUGCCCCAAGAUUUUGAAGAGGAAAAAGUAUAUGUAGUUGAAAACUAAGUCUUUCUAAAAAAAAAAAUAUUUUUUUAUUUAACGUUAAAAUUUCGUUAAAAUGUUGUAAACCUUUCUUGAAAUAAAAA